AUGGAAGAGCAGUCCUCCAAUACUGCCUCAACGCCGCUGCCCGCCAACGCACAGCCAGCUAGCCAGCCAGCUUCUGGGCUCUCCGCCUCCGAGCCGACCCUCCGAUUUCCCCGGCCGCAAGGGAACAGGCGUCUGGCCAAGUGGAUUUCCACGAGCGACCCAGACAUCAUGCGCCUCACUACGACGGCCGAGGAGUCCGGCCUGGCCGAGUCUACCUACGAGCUCAUCUCCGGCACUGACAACGAGUCCCAAGAUGGCAACUUCACCGAGUCCAUGGACGAGUCUGUCGGCUCUCUCGACUUCCAUCGCCCCGACGACGUCCACAGCCUUGCCGGCACAGAGUACACGCACGACGGUGAAUCGGUCCUCGACGACGGAGACGCCCAGCUGUCCCAACCAUCCUCUGACCGAGACAACGAGACGCAAGGAUAUGUUGGACAGAUGGCUGCUGGCGACGACGGGUCGAUGCCCGAGACGGAUGAUAUGCAAGAAACGGACAGCUCCGAGUCCGACGAGGAAGCUCGCUCACGCUGCUCUCUCGAAUAUACCCAACAGAGUCUCGGGACCCCGUCCAUUCUGACCCCAGAGGCAAGUCGGCUAGUCGAUCCUGCAGAGCUCCGAUCUCGGCCGCGGGAGAUCAAUAUUGAGCAGAACGAUGUCGAGGAGAAACCAAACAAAGAAUUCGCCGGUUUGCUGGAGAUGGCGGUCCACGCCAAAGACUACGUACUGGAGACUGUGGCUACCGCCCUUCCUGGCCUCCUUUUCGCAGCAGCCUUUGCCCUUCUCAUCCCGAUUCUCUACACUCCGCCCGUGGAGCAACCUCAACCAGAAGUCGUUAUCAUGACUUCCACUAUCACCGCUACUACAACAUCAUAUGUCACAACCAAAGCGCCACUCAAUGCUCAGCCGACUGCGCUGGCAAAGAACGGCAUGGGACUCAUGCCCCUGGGUGAAGGCCUGCCCGAAGAUAGCCUCUUUGGCCCAAAGAGGCCUCUGGUUUCUUUGACCCCCCAGCCCCACAGCAACAUCCUUCUGCAUGUCGCGAAGGAGGUAAAGCAAACCUGGCUGUCCAAGGGCUGCCUGGUUGCUACCGCUUCGAGAGAGGAGAACGAUCUCAUCAACGUGGUCCUGCUCCCAGUCGACGAAGGCAUUCUCGUUAAAUUUCCAAAGAAGGAAGCACAUGGCGUGGUCAAGCUCUCACUGAAGGCUACAUGCCGGCCCAAGAUGCAAAAGGUGGUUAAGGUCCACUUUGGCAAGGGGAUCCUGGAAGAAGCUCUCGAGAUGACCAAGAAUCUCGCCCAUGAUCUCUCCGGGCUCGUGCCCGUUGCCGCCCAAGAGGCGGAACGGUGCAUUGAGGGCGCAAAACGAUCUCUGGAGGCCGUAUCUGACGCCAUUGGAAACAACGUCAUUUUCGUCUCGGACAACGUCUUUAGUCGACUUGGCCAGGCAUUUGACACGGCCCAGCAGUCAUUCGGGUCGGUCAAGACGGACGUCGUAACUCGCGUCAAGGGUGCCGCCGAGGAGGUCGCCCGAAACUUGGACACUGCCUCGCAGCAGGCCAAGGAGCAACUGCACAAGGUGCAAGGUGUACAGAACCAACUCCAGCUUGGGCUUCUCGACGCCCAAAUCUCUGCAAAGACGUGGUGGCUGAAGGCCACAGGGCGGAAGGAAGCGCAUGAGGAGUACAAGCGCAAGGCAAAGGACUUUGUCGCAAUGAAGCACGCGGCAGCAAAGCAGCCCCGCCGGGCCAGGCGAGCUGAGGCCAAGGCUGAAGCGGCUCGAAGGUCGUGGUCGAGGCCUAUGCGGCAAGGCGACUGCCAACGAGGAGCUCGACGCGGCAGGAGUAGCACGCACCAGUGCAAGGUGGUGGUCUAA